UCUGGUAUCACAAAUAUCAUGUGGCUCUUCAUUAUGUUCUUCAUCACUGUGAAGGUGGGUUCCAGUGAGAUUAAAGUGCAGGAGGGAGAUGUCCUCAAUCUCCAUCCACGGUUUGAGGAUUUUAACAAAGACCAUCAAAUCUUGUGGACGUUUUCAAAUGACAAUCAAAGUUCACGCAUUGCCCAGUUGUAUCAUGGGAAUAUUUACACUCAUUAUGAAAAUAGAUUCAGUGGCAGAGUUCAGCUGAAUGAGAGGACUGGAGAUUUAAACAUCUCAAACAUCAGCACAGAUGAUUCUGGACUUUAUGAAGCAUUGAUUGUCCUCAACAAACAGAUCACAAAAAUCAAGUUUAAAGUGGAUGCAUUUGCUCGUGUCUCUGUACCCGUCAUCAUCAUCAGCAGCUCACUGGUUAGCGUGCACCAAUCUCCAGCGUUCCUGUCUCUGUGUCUGCAGGUGCUUCUCUACUGCAAUAUCAAAGAGCUCUGUUCACUGUAA